CUCACGGCUUCUCCAGAACUCUCCAGUAUUCGCUUCACUGUAUCUUCUUCCUGUUUCUACAACUCUCGGGCCUCUUCCUAUCUCGAAUUUUCUGCGCAACAGUGUCCUGCCCAAAUUUAUAUAUAUACACCUCUCGCAGCCUCCAUAUACAGAAAAACUAAACGGAAGAACUCAAAAACACAGCAAACGCAAUAGCGAGCACUCUGUCAAUUCGUCGAGCACUUUCUGUUCAAUCGGAUUCUUUUCACAAUGGCGAAGACGGAAGGGAAGGCUAUUGGCAUAGACCUUGGCACCACCUACAGCUGUGUGGGUGUGUGGCAAAACGACCGAGUAGAGAUCAUAGCGAAUGAUCAGGGCAACCGGACCACUCCCUCCUAUGUGGCCUUCACUGAUACCGAACGUCUUAUUGGCGAUGCAGCGAAGAACCAGGUGGCGAUGAACCCUCACAACACUGUCUUCGAUGCAAAGCGUUUGAUUGGCAGGCGCUUCUCCGAUACUUCUGUUCAAAGCGAUAUGAAGCACUGGCCUUUCAAGGUUGUGCCUGGACCUGGUGACAAGCCCAUGAUUGUGGUCAAGUACAAAGGCGAAGAGAAACAAUUUGCAGCGGAGGAGAUUUCUUCUAUGGUUCUGAUCAAGAUGAAGGAGAUUGCGGAGGCUUUUCUGGGUCAGACGAUAAAGAAUGCUGUGAUUACUGUGCCUGCUUAUUUCAAUGAUUCGCAAAGGCAGGCUACAAAGGACGCAGGGGCUAUUUCUGGGCUUAAUAUUAUGAGAAUCAUCAACGAGCCUACUGCUGCUGCAAUUGCGUACGGGCUGGAUAAGAAGGCGUCGAGGGCAGGUGAACAGAAUAUUCUUAUAUUCGAUCUCGGAGGAGGAACCUUCGAUGUUUCUUUGCUAACUAUUGAGGAAGGGAUUUUUGAAGUGAAGGCCACUGCGGGUGAUACUCAUCUUGGAGGUGAGGACUUCGAUAACAGGCUUGUGAAUCAUUUUGUUCAGGAAUUCAAGAGGAAGCACAAGAAGGACAUCAGUGGCAAUGCCAGGGCUUUGAGGAGGUUGAGGACUGCCUGCGAGAGGGCGAAGAGGACUCUGUCUUCGACUUCUCAGACAACCAUUGAAAUCGAUUCCCUUUUCGAAGGUAUUGAUUUCUAUUCCACAAUCACCAGAGCAAGAUUUGAAGAACUUAAUAUGGAUUUAUUUAGGAAGUGUAUGGAACCGGUAGAGAAGUGUCUUCGAGAUUCGAAGAUCGACAAGUCUCAUGUUCAUGAGGUUGUUCUUGUUGGUGGGUCUACAAGAAUUCCCAAAGUUCAACAGCUUCUGCAGGAUUUCUUUAAUGGUAAGGAACUCUGCAAGAGCAUUAACCCAGAUGAGGCGGUUGCAUAUGGAGCUGCUGUUCAAGCGGCAAUUCUUAGCGGAGAAGGGAAUGAAAAAGUCCAAGACUUGCUCCUCCUUGAUGUCACACCUCUCAGUCUUGGUCUUGAGACUGCUGGUGGGGUGAUGACAGUGUUGAUUCCAAGGAACACCACCAUCCCCACCAAAAAAGAACAGAUCUUCUCUACAUACUCUGAUAACCAACCUGGAGUACUAAUUCAGGUAUAUGAAGGGGAAAGAGCAAGAACAAAGGACAACAAUCUUCUGGGUAAAUUUGAGCUCACCGGCAUUCCACCGGCUCCAAGAGGGGUACCACAGAUCAAUGUAUGCUUUGACAUCGAUGCAAACGGUAUCCUGAAUGUAUCUGCAGAGGACAAGACUGCAGGGGUGAAGAACAAGAUUACAAUCACUAAUGACAAAGGAAGGUUGAGCAAGGACGAGAUAGAGAGGCUGGUUCAGGAGGCAGAGAAGUACAAAUCAGAGGAUGAGGAAGUUAAAAAGAAGGUGGAGGCCAAGAACGGAUUAGAGAACUAUGCCUACAACAUGAGGAACACCAUCAAGGAUGAGAAGAUUGCAGGGAAAUUGGACCCAGCAGACAAGCAGAAGAUUGAGAAGGCAAUUGAAGAGGCCAUUGAGUGGCUAGAUGGGAACCAGUUGGCAGAGGUGGAUGAAUUUGAGGACAAGUUGAAGGAAUUGGAAGGUCUGUGCAAUCCAAUCAUUGCAAAGAUGUAUCAAGGCGGUGCUGGGGACGUACCGAUGGGAGGCGGCGGCGCGGAGAUGCCGAGUGGUGGAUAUGGCAAUGCUGGGUCUGGCGGUUCUGGUGCUGGGCCUAAAAUUGAGGAAGUUGAUUAAAGGGUUGCAGAUGAUGUUCUGUUUCAUAUAUGCUAAUGUUGUUAUGUUGUUUCCUGUUAUUGUUCUUAUAUAAGAGAGUAUGGUUAUGGUGGAGGCUUGAGAAAGCUUCAUAUUAAGAAAAGCUUAGCGAUGUAAAUUAUUGUCUGAAUGUAAUAAAGGAGAGCUUUCGAGUUUUCUCA